AUGAUAAAUUAAGUAAAUUUAAACAGCUGUUAAAUUAUGUUCAUCAAAUAUUCAAAAGUAUUGCCAAAUGAAUAAGGCAAAUAUUAUAGUUAAUUGUAAGCCAAAUUAGAUGCUUUAGUAUUAUUGAUAGGAUCUGAAAAGGAUUAUCAUUAGAAUGCCAUAUAAAUUGAAAAUGUUAUGGAGGAAACUAUUAAAAGUUCAAAUAAAUAAAAUAAAUUUGACAAUCUAAAAAGUUAUUAGAAAAUGCCCGAAUAUGAUGAUGUGAAGAAAUUGAGUUUAAAAUAUCUAGAUUUAAUGUAUAUAAAGCUUGAUUCAACUGUGAAACUUAACUUUUAAUAUUCAAUUCUAAUUUAAUAACUUAGAUUUGUUUGUAAAUAUUAUUUUGGAUAUGUAUUUAGAUGUUGUUCAAAACUGAAUCAAUCAAAUAGAUUUUACAAUUAUGUAAUUAAAUUAUUCUAAAUUCUAUGCAGUGAUAUAUUUUCAUAUAUAUUAUAAUUUUAUAUCAUUUUCAAAGAUUAAUCCCAAAACUAAUGA